GCCGGGCCGGCAGCCAUUGCUCCGCGGCCUGACGCCGGGACGCUCUCUGUGCUUGGGUGACCUAAUGCGGGGUUAAUCGCCCUGCUGCGGGACAGCGGAGAGAAAGGAAAGACAGUCGGGCCGAGAACGGAGAGCGUCCCUGCCUGGGGCCGCCUCGGUCCCCGGUGGCACGCUCGGAGGCCCGCCGCGGUGUUGCUAGGCGACCGCGUCGGGCUCGGAGCGGCUGGCAGGGCUGGGAGCCUGGGCGCCCCAUGGACCAGUACUGCAUCCUGGGCCGCAUCGGCGAGGGUGCCCAUGGCAUCGUCUUCAAGGCCAAGCACGUGGAGACUGGCGAGAUCGUGGCCCUCAAGAAGGUGGCGCUGCGUCGGCUGGAGGAUGGCAUCCCCAACCAGGCGCUGCGGGAGAUCAAGGCUCUGCAGGAAAUCGAGGACAAUCAGUAUAGGAGGUUUACGGGAUGCCUGCCCACAGGUGGUGCAGCUGAAGGCCGUGUUUCCGCAUGGCGCAGGCUUCGUGCUGGCCUUUGAGUUCAUGCUGUCAGAUCUGGCCGAGGUGGUGCGCCAUGCCCAGAGACCGCUGGCCCCCGCACAAGUCAAGAGCUAUCUGCAGAUGCUGCUCAAGGGCGUCGCCUUCUGCCAUGCCAACAACAUCGUGCAUCGGGACCUAAAACCUGCUAACCUGCUCAUCAGUGCCUCAGGCCAGCUCAAGAUUGCGGACUUUGGCCUGGCCCGGGUCUUUUCUCCAGAUGGCAGCCGCCUCUACACACACCAGGUGGCCACCAGGUGGUACCGAGCACCCGAGCUCCUGUAUGGUGCCCGCCAGUAUGACCAGGGUGUUGACCUGUGGGCUGUAGGCUGCAUCAUGGGGGAGCUGUUGAAUGGGUCCCCUCUCUUCCCGGGUGAGAACGACAUUGAACAGCUUUGCUGCGUGCUUCGCAUCUUGGGCACCCCCAGCCCUCAAGUCUGGCCGGAGAUCACGGAGCUGCCCGACUACAACAAGAUCUCCUUCAAGGAGCAGGCACCUGUGCCCCUGGAGGAGGUGCUGCCGGAUGCGUCUCCUCAGGCCUUGGACCUGCUGGGUCAGUUCCUGCUGUACCCGCCUCGCCAGCGCAUCCCGGCCUCCCAGGCCCUCCUGCAUCAAUACUUCUUCACAGCUCCCCUGCCUGCCCACCCAUCUGAGCUGCCCAUUCCCCAGCGCCCAGGAGGACCUGCCCCAAAGGCCCACCCAGGGCCUCCUCAUGUCCACGAAUUCCACGUGGACCAGCCUCUUGAGGAGUCACUGCUGAACCCAGAGCUGAUCCGGCCCUUCAUUCCAGAAGGGUAAGAUGCUGGCCCAGGUCCUACUCACCUGCCUCCAAGGAUCACGCAGGCUGUUUGUCCUCAGCUUCCUGCCAGACAGCCUUCCAAGGACUCUCGAAGCCACACUGGGCCACUCUCUUCAUGUGCUGCUUCUUAGCCUUGUAAGGUUUGGUCUCAAAGAGGCACAGGCCAUGCUCCCAGCCAAGGCGAUGAGGAUGUCCAGCUCAGCUGAGGAGACCCGUGGCCCCUGCUCUGUGGCCCUCACAUCUGUGUGCUGCCGACUUCAGCAACACAAACAGCGAGCUGCACCUGCUGUCCAGGACCACCACACAGAGUGGUGACACCUGCCUGGGUGCAGGUCCCCAGGGCACUGCCUCCUGAUCAAGAAUCAUCCAGGGAAAGAAAAGAGAUGUCCUCAUCCUGAAAACUCAAGUGGGACGAAGGUUGGGUUUGGCUUUGUUCUCAGGACAUUAAACACCCUAGUUCAGUGUUUGGGAUUUAUUAUGAAGGCCUUAAGUGGCUCUGGCUCUGUCUGUGUCUGCUCCUAUCAAGGGAAAUGGCAUCGUUUAAUGGCCCUUGUUUUCUGGGGGGUCACUGGGAAGUAACUGACCAUAGUUACUUCUUCCCUGAGGGCUUCCUGUGGGCGGCACUUGUCUGAGUGUUUAUUUGCACGUGAGGUGGACAGAAGUUCAAGCCCAUGAUGGGCAAGUGGGGGAUGCAGCCACAGCCACCUGCAUCUCCCUUGGGGUGAGGCUGAGCCAAAUGCAGCUAUGCAAAUGAAGCAACUGGCAUUCCUGGAAUUUACUUACUCAGCAAA